AGUUCAAGGUUAGAAAAAUUGAGGAUAUCUGUCCGGCAGUGUCCGCCAAUAAGCCCCCUAUCACUUCAAAGUCCAAGAUUUCCUUUCUGCAACACAUUUUGACACCACUGCAAUUUCACACACACAUACUUAUAAAAAUGGAAAUCGACGAUGAUAACAGCUGUAACAGCACAAAAACAAAGAAGAAGCCGUUAGACCUUGGCUGGAACCGCCUCUUACCUACCACUUCUUCCGGCCACGACGAUGGUCGGUCACCGGAACUUAUCAUUACGACAUCUACUAACAAAUUCGACGGUGGCGGAGGUGAAGUGCACGCGCCGCAGCAAGAGGAUCAGAAAGAUGAUUUAGGUAUAAUGACAAAAACUGACGAUGAAAUUAACGAGUGUAUUGCUAGGAAGAGAAACAGUUUUCAAGUGUUAGGUAAAAGGUUGCCUGAUAAAGGUGAAAAAUUCAUGGCGGAUAUCCGGCGACUUGAAAUCGAACUCGAAAGACGCAAUAAACUGAAGUUAGAAAAGGAAACUUGUGAGGCAGAGGUCAAACAGGAAGUUUUUGAGGCAGAGGAUGGCAACCCUGUGCAGAAAAAGAAGAGGGGAAGAUCACCAAUAUUACAGGCUAAGCAACCGAAUGGUUUACAAAAAGAUCGUCAAAGGAUGGUUGACACCCCAUCGGCAGAACCAUCAUCACCUGACAUUGAAGUGGUACGAGAAAUGCAAGAACAUGGGGGUGACAAUGGUGACGGUUCGUCACAACAAAAAAAGAAACGUGUUCAUAGAAAAAAAGGAGCUGACGAGCCGCGAUUGAAGACUAAACCAAUUGCUUGGACAAACGAUGAACAAAUGAGUUUAGCCAAAGCAUGGCUUGAGGUGACAGAAGACCCAAUGUGCUCGAAUUACCAAAGAGAGAGAACAUAUUGGAGGAAAAUAGUUAGCGUCUUCCUCAGUCUUGUUGCCAAACCAGCCGGUUAUCGGGACCUUGAUGGGGUGAGUUCGAAAUGGAGGAAAAUGCGCAAAUCAAUUCAAGCAUUCAACAACAUAUUCACUCGUAUAAGCGCAAACCAGCAUCCCAACGGUGCAAGCGAUGAAACAAUCCAACAAAGGGCUUUGCAAGAAUAUCAAGCAAUGAAAAAGCCGUCCUUUCAUUAUUUGGCGGAGUGGGAGUACUUAAGGCACAGUUUGAAGUUUGCGCAAGUGGUUGAUUUCGAUCCAGAGAGCACUCGUGCUGAACCGAGUGCUAAAAGGUUGAGAACCACAUCAUCCGCCGAUCCACAAAGUCAAGGGUCGGAUGCUCGUUGCGAUAUGGACCCAAAAAUAACGGAGGAAGAAGGAGAAAGGUAUGUCCAUCAAUGUCCAAUUGGUAGAGGCACGGCUAAAAAAGCCACGUCCUCAGGUUCGUCCGGCUGGGCAAAGUACACGGAAAUGUUUGAGAAGAUCAGUGACAAGCUGGAGGGGUUGAUAGAUAUCGGCAAGAAACGUGUGGAGUUAGAGGAAAGAAAGCUGGAAUUAGAGGAAAGAAAGCUUAAACUGAUAGAGACUAAACAAAAGCGUGCCGAUUUAAAUAUUUUAUCCACCGACUACAGUCAUCUUUCAGGAGCGGAAAGACAAUUAGCGGAGCAAAUAAAACAAGACAUCCGCGAAAAAUAUGGGCUUAUGUGAUGUCUUUAGUUUUAUCUAUGUUAUGUUUUUUUCUUUUACGGUAAUGGAAUUAUGUUUUCUUUUAUGUAACGGAUCUGUGUUUUUUAAAUUAGUUAUGUAAUGUAUUUUAUUUACUAUUAAAGUGUAAAAACAAUUAAUGCCACGUGCCCCUCUUAGGAGUAGCCUCGGUCUACCAUUUUGGGGCGAAGUUGGUAGAUAAUGUGGCGCCACGGCGCAAGUUGCCCCUUUGUCUUUCAUAUCUACUUUCUUUGAGAUAA